AACACCUUUAAUAGAGCAAACAAAACAAAGAAACAAUCAUCAAUGGCCAUAUCUCCUUUCUCUCUUUUCAUACUCUCCAUCUUUUUCUUCUCCAAUUUUCUCAUCACACAAUCCUUCUCCAACAUCGACACGCCUCUAAUCCACAAAACUUGCAACAAAAUCGCUCACCAAGAUCCAAACGUCUCCUUUAACUUUUGCUUAACAUCUCUACAAUUUGCCACAAAGCAUAGCUAUUAUGUUGAUCUUCGUCGUCUCGGUCUCCUCUCCAUGGGCUUGGUUUGCAGCAAUGUAACCAACACGUACCACUUCAUCACAGAGUUAAUAAGAAACAAGAAGCUUGAUUCAUCUGUUAAGUUAUGUUUAGCUGAUUGCUUGGAGCUUUAUUCGGAUGCAAUCUCGACAGUGAAAUUGGCCAUGAGAAAUUACAGGCUGAAGCGAUAUAAGAAUGAUAACGUUGCGAUCAGUGCAGUAAUGAAUGCGGCAGAAACAUGUGAGAAUGGGUUCAAGGAGAAGAAAGUAAAUUCACCGUUGAAGAAGAGAGAUGAAGAUGUUUUUGAAUUGGGAGCCAUUGUUCUUGCUAUUAUGAGUAUGCUUCAUUGAGUGAUUG